AUGACAAACAGUGAGGGAAGCCGUGCUUCGCAAAGGAGAAUGGUUGAGGGUGAAUCAAGCAAUGCAGUGGAAAGGAGGCUAAAGUUGCAAGCCGAUUUGGAAGGGAUGAAUCAAAGGAUUGAAGUUUCUGAUGCAGAGGGAUAUGUUUACUCUGAAUUGGAAUCUGAGAGCGAGAGACUGAGGGAAGAGAGGAGGACUAAGAAGAGGAAUGACCCCAUUAGUAGUGAGAGCGAGCAAGGAGAUUUUGAGAUUGGGGUAAACAUUGGAAGAGAAGAGAGUGAUGAGUCUGAAAGUGAAGAAGAAGGAGAGGAGGUCAAUCAAGAGGUUGAUGAAAGUGGGCAUGAGAGUAACCAAGAUGAGCCCAUGGAGGAGGCUGAGCCACAAGAAGAGGAGGAUGAACUCCCCAUGUACCAAGAGCACUACAAUGCUCUCUUCUCCAUGGACUUUGUGGAAACAAAGUACCCACACUGUUAUCGGAGUGAUCCGAAGCCCGAAGUAGAUCGCAACCUCCUCCGCGUAUCUCGUCCACGUGCAACUACCGAUCCCGCUAUUUCCGGAUCUGAACAGUCGAAGCGAGAUUCUCGUUUGACUCGUUCAAACUCAGCUUGCGGACUCGACUCCGUCGAGCUAGAGCUCGACUUCGUCUUCACAAGUAGCUCGGACAGUAAACAGCUGGAUUUGGACAAGGAUACUUGGUGGGCUCGAGGUCACUUUACUGGGCCUGAGUGGACUUAUCUUGAUCUUAGGACUUAG